AUUUAUUUUUUUUUUUAGAACACGGGUGGGAAAGAAAGCGCAUCGAGUAAAUCCAAGCGCCCCUUUCAGAAUAUUUACUUUAGAUGUAGAUGGUUAGCGGGAGCCGUGCGCGUGUACAGCCUGAUAAUACCAGCAGAUUAAAUGAUUUAACGGAGAAGAUUUGCGACAUUUUUGCGACACCGGAGCUCCGGCGAGUCCAUGAACACGGCUUGGGCUUUCGGUCCAAACUCAAGAAUGUAGCGGGAAGAGAAAGCGUUAAGGGCGAGCGCAGGGACUUCAACUGAGACGAUUACAAGCCGCACAGGUUUUCCAGCCGAGCUUGCAGCCAUGUUGGAAGAGGAUAUGGAGGUGGCCAUCAAGGUGGUGGUCGUGGGUAAUGGUGCUGUAGGAAAGUCGAGUAUGAUCCAGAGAUACUGCAAGGGCAUCUUCACCAAGGACUACAAGAAGACCAUUGGCGUCGACUUCCUGGAAAGGCAAAUAGUAGUAAACGAUGAGGACGUGCGGUUGAUGUUGUGGGACACGGCAGGCCAGGAGGAGUUCGAUGCGAUCACCAAGGCUUAUUACCGAGGUGCCCAGGCCUGUGUCCUUGUCUUCUCCACCACGGACAGAGAGUCGUUCGAGGCCAUCAGCAGCUGGAGGGAGAAAGUGGAGAUGGAAGUUGGUGACAUUCCUACCGUUCUGGUGCAGAACAAAAUUGACCUCCUGGAUGACACGGUGAUUAAAAAUGAGGAAGCAGAGGGUCUUGCUAAGAAGCUCAAGUUGAGAUUUUAUCGGGCCUCGGUGAAAGAGGAUCUCAAUGUCAACGAAGUUUUUAAAUACCUUGCGGAAAAAUACCUGCAGCGCCUGAAGCAACAGACGGCUGAAGAUCCCGACGUCGUUCACACCUCAAGCAAUAAAAUCGGCGUGUUCAACACGAGCAGUGGCAACCAACCGAACCAGAACUCCAGCGACCUCAAUGGGCGUGAGGUCAUCAACCUGCGACCGAACAAGCAGAGAACUAAGAAGAAUAAAAUCGCCUUCGGUAGCUGCAGACUUCUCUAGGACGUCUCCACGUUAUGCCUCGUUUCGCCUUGUAGGUCUGGGUGACGCGUAUCACGGUCCAGAGUCGGUGAAAGGCUACGUCUCAGUGUAAACGCUGUCAGUGCGGAGGUGGCGUUUAAAUUGAGGUCAGCUUUUUCACAUACUGUGGUUUCGUUACAUGUCUCUGAUUCCUGUGGAUGAGUCUCAUGUCAUGUGAUGGUAGAAGUAAGAAGGAAUGUGGUGUAUCUGUGGAAUUGUGGGAAUGCAUUCCCCUGUUGGUUGUAAAGCAACAGUGGUUUGUGACACUCCGGUACGUACGUUUUAAUCAGGCCUUAGGGAUGAUGAUGAUGAUGAUGAUGAUGAUGAUUAAGCAGCUUUGUCUUGCUUGAUCACAGACAGACACUCAAAGCCUUUUUUUUUUUUUUUUUUUU